ACUUGGACAGGUGGAUGGGUAUGAAAGGUUAGGCAGGAUAUGGGCCAGAUGCAGGCAAGUGGAAGUAGCGUGGUUAGGCAACUUGGUCGGAAUGGGCGGGUUGGGCCGAAGGGCCUGUUUCCGCGCUGGGCUCUGGCAGUUGAGGAGAACCUGUAAUGGUGGCAGAUUGAUGCUGGGUGGGACAAGGAGACCUCGUUUGCUGCUUCACUGAAACCACUCUGUUUUAUCCUUUAGGCCUGGAUAGAGUGGACGUGGAGAGGAUGUUUCCACUAGUGGGAGAGUCUAGGACCAGAGGUUAUAGCCUCAGAAUGAAAGGACGUUCCUUUAGGAGGAAUUUCUUUAGUCAGCGGGUGGUGAAUCUGUGGAAUUCAUUGCCACAGAAGGCUGUUGACGCCGUCAAUGGAUAUUUUUAAGGCAGAGAUAGAUAGAUUAUUGAUUAGUACGGGUGUCUUAGGUUAUGGGGAGAAGGCAGGAGAAUGGGGUUAGGAGCGAAAGAUAGAUCGGACAUGAUUAAAUGGCGGAUUAGACUUGAUGGGCCGAAUGGCCUAAUCCUGCUCCUAUCACUGAUGAACUUAUGAAGUCCACUUGCCACAGACUGAAGAAAUGUACCCUACCCGUUCCUACAUGAAACCUAUCCAUUGAUGCUGCCUGACACACUGAGUUACUCCAGCACUUUGUGUCUUUUUUUUUGUACACCAGCAUCUGCAGUUCCUUGUUGCUAAGAUGCACCACAGUUCACAUUUGGGAGAUUGUACGAUAUCCUGGUUUGCAUUCCUCGACAUAGAAGUUUAUUUUUUGCCUCAUACGUUGGAGUGGCCUUUUAGUUACGUAGAAAGUGAACGUGAAUGAUAGGGUAAGUAAUGCUCUUUUAAACCGCCGAGCGCGUAAACGGUGUUUACUGCAGCAGUCUGCAAUCAGCAGCUGUAACACCAACUCACUGAUCUUAUGUGUGUAAGAAGUUGCUCUGCUGUGAGUUAUUUACACUUGGCAUUCUUCUGGAGCCGAGAGAAUCUGCCCCUAGAGGAAUCGUUUUCAAAUUUAAAAAAAAAACACACAAGGAGACAGACUUUCACAAACCUGGAAAGUCCCUCCAGACGUGAACCAGAACUUCGGAUCGGGAGGAGGGCAACCGAGAGGAGAACCAAACGUUAAAUUCCUUGAGCACUCACAAAAGUGUUGGGGGAACUCAGCGGGUCGGGCAGCAUCUGUGGAGGGAAUGGACACAUCGAAUCCUUCUCCAGACUCGGAUGCCGCAAUGAACUCUUCCGAAUCUUCAGAUUCAAGUGAAUUUGAUUCACAUCAACUGGAAAAUGACAUCUCCUGGGAAGUGAAAGCAAACAACACGAGCUACCAUGCUGGGAUUAAGGAACGCACCUCCUUCUUGUUUAAGAAAAGGAAGUAUGCUAACAAUAAAAUCAAGACCUCCAAAUACAACGUUUUUUCGUUUCUACCUCUCAACCUGUUUGAACAGUUUCAACGAGUGGCUAAUUUUUACUUCUUGCUUAUUUGUAUUCUCCAGACUGUUCCUAUUAUUGCUACAUUGCCUUGGUUUACAACUAUGAUCCCGCUAUCGAUGGUCCUGGCAGUGACUGCAGUCAAGGACAUCAUUGAUGACGUUGCACGCCAUAGGAACGACAGCGAGAUUAACAACAGACAAUGUGAGGUUCUCAAGGGGAAGAGUUUCAAGUUUGUAACGUGGAAGGAACUCGAAGUGGGUGACGUGGUUUGUUUGAAGAAGGAUGAUUUUGUUCCAGCUGAUCUCUUCUUGCUGUUUAGCACGGAGCCAAACAGCCUAUGUUACGUUGAAACAGCUGAAAUCGAUGGUGAAUCCAACCUGAAGUACAGACAAGCAUUGAGUGUCACACAUGAGAAGGUGAAUAACUUGGACCAGUUAGCAAAGUUUGACGGUAGAAUAAUUUGUGAAAAUCCAAAUUGUGACCUGCACUCAUUUAUAGGCACACUGUACUGGCAAAACCAAGAGUACUCAAUCGACAAUGAGAAGAUAUUACUACGAGGGUGUCGAAUACGAAAUGCAGAAAAGUGUUAUGGAGUGGUUAUAUUUGCAGGAGUGGAUACAAAAAUAAUGAAGAACAGUGGGAGAUACGUCUUGAAGAAAACCACCAUUGAACUUCUCAUGAACCGUGUAGUGAUGCUGGUUCUCUUGAUUCUUGUGGUUAUGUCAAUUUGCCUUGCUGUUGGAGCUGUCGUAUGGGAUUCAACAGUUGGGGUGAACAUGCCCUAUCUUGGCUCUUUCCCCGAAGUCCUCAAUCUGGGAUAUGAUUGCUUUUUGGCCUUCUGGUCUCAUAUUAUCCUCCUGAACUCCAUCUUGCCAAUGUCACUCUAUGUCACUUUUGAACUUCUCCAUGUGGCCCAGAGUUUUUUCAUUAAAUGGGAUUUGGAGAUGUAUUGUGAAGAGAGUGACACCCCGGCCAAUGCAAGGACUACGACCCUGAAUGAAGAACUGGGGCAGAUCAAAUAUAUUUUCUCGGAUAAAACAGGCACUCUGACUCAAAACAUCUUGGCCUUUAAAAAAUGUUGCAUCGAUGGUCAGAUCUAUGGGAACCAAUAUGAUGGUGCUGCAGCAACAAUGGCUGACCUCAGCUGGAACACGUAUGCUGACAGAAGGCUCAAGUUCUACGACUCUUUGCUAGUGCAACUGAUCCGAUCAGGGGAGCAGCCGGGAGUCCGCGAUUUCUUUAGAUUGCUGGCUCUUUGUCACACAGUCAUGGUGGAGGAGAAAGAUGGUCAGCUCAUUUACCAGGCAGCCUCUCCAGAUGAAGGCGCUCUAGUAUUAGCAGCAAGAAACUUUGGCUAUGUCUUUCUGUCCCGCACACAGGAUAGCAUAACCAUCAGCGAGCUGGGCAUGCAGAAGACAUACACAGUGCUGGCCAUCCUGGACUUCACCAGCAGUCGCAAGAGAAUGUCUAUCAUCCUGAAAGAUUCUGAAGGGAAGAUUAAGCUGUUCUCCAAAGGAGCGGACACGGUGAUAUAUGAAAGACUUCAGCUCAGCUGUCCACACAUGGAGAGCACUCAAAUUGCACUCGAUCAAUUUGCGACGGAAACGCUGCGGACUUUGUGUCUGGCUUACAAAGACAUUGAGGAAAAUAACUUUCAAGACUGGAGUCAAAGGCAUCAGAAAGCCACCGUGGCGCUGCAGAACCGCGAACAUCUGCUCGAAGCCUUGUACGAUGAAAUUGAAACCAACCUGGUGCUCGUCGGAGCAACGGCCAUCGAAGAUAAGUUGCAGAUCCGAGUUCCCGAAACCAUUCAGAACUUGAAAAAGGCGGGUAUUAAAAUAUGGGUAUUGACUGGAGACAAGAAAGAAACAGCAAUUAAUGUUGGAUAUUCCUGUAGGUUGCUGUCAGAAGAAAUGGAGAUUUUUGAAGGCAAGGACCUCAACGUAGUUCUGGAUAGUCUGCGGAAGAACGGCCAUCGAUGCAGUGAAGAUAACACGGACGACGUCUCGGACACCAUAAAGAACAAUGAGGAGUCGGAGUUCCUGUCGUGUGACAACAAAGCAUUAAUUCUCACCGGCAGCUUCCUGGAUAAAUUCAUCCACAGCUCCAAGAGACCGUUGAAGAAGGAUCGAUGGUGGCGGAAGCAGUGGGCCAUGGUUAACCGUGAGGCGAGAAGGAGCGUGUGCACUGAGGCGGAGGCACGUGAGCGAGCGUUCGUGGAGCUGGCCUGCCAGUGUCAGGCUGUCAUCUGCUGCCGCGUCACUCCCAACCAGAAAGCCCUGGUGGUCCAAAUGGUGAAAAAGUACCAAAGGGUCAUCACGCUGGCCAUCGGCGACGGAGCAAACGAUGUGAACAUGCUGAAAACUGCCCAUAUCGGAGUAGGGAUCAGCGGGCAGGAAGGGAUGCAGGCCGUCUUGUCCAGUGACUACUCUCUUGCACAAUUCUACUACCUUGAGAGGUUGCUUCUGGUUCAUGGCCAGUGGGCCUAUCAGAGGAUCUGCAAGUUCCUGAGAUACUUCCUCUACAAGACCUUCACUUUUUCCUUUGUCCAAAUCUGGUUUGCAAUCUUCAGUGGAUUUUCUGGUCAGUCCGUCUUUGAGCUGUGGUGCAUUACUUUCUACAAAGUGGCUUACAGCUGGUUUCCAGUGGUGACGAUAGGGGUCCUGGACAAGGACAUGAACGACGUUAUGAGUAUCAGGUGUCCUAAACGCUACAAAAUUGGACAACGGAACGAGCUAUUCAAUUACAAGAUCUUCUUGGUUACUAUAAUCCAUGGCCUUCUCAGUUCAUUCAUCAUAUUUUUUAUACCGUAUGGAGCAUUCUUGGAGGGAGUGGGCCAAGAUGGCACAGGUUAUCAGGUUAUGGCAAUGGCCGUUGGUACGGGAGUAGUGAUGACUGUUAACAUUGAGGUAAUGUUGGAUAUUUCCUACUGGACUGUUCCUUCCUUGUUGGCCGUCACCAUUGAUUUCAUUCUCUAUUUCUGCGUGACCUUUAUGACUCAGAGCAAUUUUCUCUCUCGGAGGAAUCCGCAGAUGUUCCAAUUCAACGGUGCAGCAGCGUAUGCUUUCAAACAACCAUUAUUUUGGCUCACCAUCCUGUUGGUUGUCGCCAUCAACAUCAUCCCUUCUCUUACAGUUCGAUUUAUUUUACACUGCUUUUACUCCAAAGAUGCUGGAAUUGUCGGCUAAUUGGAGGCUAGAAACUUGGGAAAAUAAGACCAGGGAUGGACUUCGAGACUUCUCCACCAUUCAACAUGAAACUGGUUGAACUUCCAACUUUUCUCCCCGUAUCCGCCUCUCCUUCCUGCCUCUAGAAAAAAUACGUUGAUUUGGUUUCAACUCUUCUAGUGGCAGUGGGUUCCACAGGUUCACCCCUCGCUGGGAGAAGAAGACAUGCAUCCGCCGGUGAACUCAUGUCUGGGAGAAGAAAUUAAUCCUCAUCUCAAACUUUAGUGAUCUUGACCCUUACCCUUAGAUCGUAACUUGCCCUCCGCCCAGGAGCAUCUCUCCUGCAUCUAAUUUGUCCAGUCCCAUUGGAUGUUUUAUGAGAUUCCUUCUUCUAAACUCUCGUGAAUUGAUCCAAUCUCUCUUCAUAAGCCAGAGAGCCUCAGCGAUUUGUCUGGGUCACUCAUGAGUCAAGAGUGUUUAAUUGGCAUAUCUACUGACAACGGAACAAUAAAAGUCUGCCUUGCCACAGCAGAACAAACCAGUAAACACAAUACUCAUAGAUAAUAUGCAAUCAACUAACAGUGCAGAAGCACUGUAGAUAUGGUUAAAAGCUCCAGAUUCCCAGGAGUAAAUAUCACCAAGACUUCUCCUGGACCACCCAUAUUGAAGCAAUGGCCAAGAAAGCAUUCCAAUGCCUCUACUUUCUUAGAAGGCUUCGGAAGUUUGGCAUGUCCCCAACAACUCUCACCAAGUUUUACAACUGUGCCAUAGAAAGCAUUUUAUCAGGAUGCAUCACAGCAUGAUUUGGGAGCAGCUCCGUCCAAGACCUCAAGAAAUUGCAGAGAAUUGUGGACGCAGCCCAGACUAUCACACAAACCAACCUCCCUUCCAUUUAUACCUCACAGUUGCAACCCAUCCACUGCCUCUUCUCCCCUCUCCCAUCAGGCAAGAGGUAUAUUAGUGUAAAAACGCACAUGUCCAGAUUCAGGGACAGUUUCUUCUCAGCUGUUAUCAGGCAACUGAACCAUCCUACAAACAACUAGAGAACAAUCCUGAGCUACUAUCUACCUCAUUGGAGACCCUCGGACUAUCUUUGAAUGGACUUUACUGGACUUUGUCUUGCACUAAACAUUAUUCCCUUUAUCAUGUGUCUGUACAAUGUGGAUGGCUCGAUUGUAAUCACGUAUUGUCUUUCCGCUGUCUGGUUAGCACGUAACAAAAGCUUUUCACUGUACCUCGGUACACGUGACAAUAAACUGAACUCAAACUUAACUCGAUAAAAAAUCAAUAAAUUAAUAACCUCAAAACUAGUGCAAAAAGCCCCUCAGCUGAAGCAAAGACAGUCCAUAGAAAUUCAUAAGAGAGAGGAGCUGGCCAAGGUCGACUGGAAAAGGAUCCUAGCAGCAAUGACGGUGGAACAGCAAUGGCAGAAAUGUCUGGGCAUUUUCCACAGGAUGCAGGAUCAUUUCAUUCCAAAGAGGAAGAAAGAUUCUAAGGGGAGUAAGAGGCAACUGGCUGACAGGAGAAGUUAGGGAUGGAAUAAAACUAAAAGAAAAGGUGUAUAACAUAGCAAAGAGUAGCGGGAAACUUUCAAAGGCCAACAAAGUAACAAAAGGGCAAUACGGGGUGAAAAGAUGAAGUAAGAGGGUAAACUGGCCAAGAACAUAAAGAAGGAUAGUAAAAGCUUCUUUAGGUAUGUUCAGAGAAAAAGAUUAGUAAAGACAAAUGUUGUUCCCUUGAAGGCAAAAACAGGUAAAAUUAUUAUGGGGAACAAGGAAAUGUUGAACAAGAGUUGAACAGGUACUUUGGUUCUGUCUUCACUAAGGAAGACACAAACAAUCUCCCAGAUGUACUAGAGGACAGAGGAUCUAGGGAGACAGCGGAAUGAAAUAAAUUUGCAUUAGACAAGAAAUAGUAUUGGGUAGACUGAUGGGACUGAAAACUGAUAAAUCCCCAGGGCCUGAUGGUCUGCAUCUCAGGGUACUCAAGAAGGUGGCUCUACAAAUCGUGGACGCAUUGGGGAUAAUUUUCCAAUGUUCUACAGAUCCAGGAUCAGUUCCUGUGGAUUGCAGGGUAGUUAAUGUUAUCCCAAUUUUCAAGAAAGGAGCGAGAGAGAAAACAUGGAAUUAUAGACCAGUUAGCCUGACAUCGGUGGUCGGGAAGAUGUUGGAGUCAAUUGUUAAAGAAGUAAUAACGGCGCAUUUGGAUAGCAGUAAAAGGUCCAAGUCAGCAUGGAUUUAUGAAGGGGAAAUCCUGCUUGACUAAUCUUCUGGAAUUUUUUGAGGAUGUGAUAAGUAAAAUGGAUGAAGGAGAGCCAGUGGAUGUAGUGGAUCUGGACUUUGAGAAAGCCUUUGAUAAGGUCCCACACAGGAUAUUAGUGGGCAAUAUUAGAGCACAAGGUAUUGGGGGAAGUGUAUUGACAUGGAUAGGGAAUUGGUUAGCAGACAGGAAACAAAGAGUAGGAAUAAACGGGUCCCUGUUAGAAUGUCAGGCAGUGGCAAGUGGAAUGCCGCAAGGUUCGGUGCUGGGGCCACAACUAUUUACAAUAUAUAUUAAUGAUUUAGAUGAUAGAAUUAAAAGUAACACUAGCAAAUUUGCAGAUGACACAAAGCUGGGCGGCAGUGUGAACUGCAAAGAGGAUCCUAGGAGGUUGCAGAGUGACUUGGACAGUUUGAGUGAGUGGAGAGAUGCAUGGCAGAUGCAGCAUAAUGUACAUAAAUGUGAGGUUAUCCAUUUUGACGGCAAGAACAAGGAGGCAGAUUAUUAUAGUCAAUGGUGUCAGAUUAGGAAAAAGGGAAGUGCAACGAGACCUGGGUGUCCUUGUACACCAGUCACUGAAAGCAAACAUGCAGGUACAGCAAGCAGUGAAGAAAGCUAAUGGCAUGUUGGCCUUCAUAACGAGAGGAUUUGAGUAUAGGAGUAAAGAGUUCCUUCUGCAGUUGUACAGGGCCCUGGUGAGACCACAUUUGGUGUAUUAUGUGCACAUUUGGUCUCCAAUUUGAGGAAGGACAUCCUUGCUAUUGAGGCAGCGUAGGUUCACGAGAUUAAUCCCCGGGAUGGCGGGACUGUCAUAUUAGAAAAGAUUGGAAAGACUGGGCUUGUAUUCACUGGUAUUUAGAAGAAUGAGAGGGGAUCUUAUAUAAACGUAUACAAUUAUAAAAAGACUGGACAAGCUAGAUGCAGGAAAAAAUGUUCCCAAUGUUGGGGGAGUCCAGAUCCAGGGCCACAGUCUAAGAAUAAAGGCGAGCCAUUUAAAACUGAGAUUUGUGGAAUUCUCUGCCACAGAGAAUUUAAAAGAGAGUUAGAUAGAGCUGUAGGGCCUAGCGGAAUCAAGGGAUAUGGGGAGAAGGCAGGCACGGGUUACAGAUUGUGGAUGAUCAGCCAUGAUCACAAUCAAUGGCUGGUGCUGGCUCAAAGGGCCAAAUGGCCUCCUCCUGCACUUAUUUUCUAUGUUUCAUAGUUGAGGUUAGAGUUGAGGAGCCUGAUAGUUGUUGGGAAGAAGCUAUUCUUGAACUUGGUGGUUAUGGUUUUCAGACUCCUGUACCUUCUUCCCGAAGGGAGGAAUGAAAUGAGAGCAUGGCCAGGGUGGUGUGGGUCCUUGAUGAUACUGACUGCCUUUUUGAGGCAGUGCCUGCUAUAGAUCCCUUUAAGGGUGGGAAGUUCAGUACCAGUCUAAGAAUAAAGGGGAGGCAGUGUACCUAUACUCAUCUUUGCAGCUUUAUUGGGGAAGGGGAACUCAUUGCAUCUUUCAAAAAUAGCAUUGUUGGAGAAUUGGAUCUCGAUAGGUUAGACGUGGAGAUGAUGCUUCCUCUCGUGGAAGAAUAUAGAUUUAGGGGGUCAUCUUUAAACAAAUAAGCAGGUGCCCAAUUAAGAUGGAGAUGAGGAUUUAGGUUUUUCUCUCACAGUGUUGGAACCCUAUUCGUCAAAGGCUUAUCGAAGCAGAUUUUGUGAAUGUUUUCAAGGCAGAAGUAGAGAGAUUCUUCGUAAACAGGAAACAAGUAGUUAGGAAUGUGUAUUUUUGAGGUUGCACCCAGCCUCAAUGUUGUUAGAUGUCAAAGCAGGCUGACUCAUAUUUCUGCUCCUAAAUUAUACGUCCAUAAGUCAAAGCGGAGCUGAGAACCACUGGAUCCUCACAAACUCCAGGCCCCAUCCAUGCAUGUUAAGCCAUGCACAUCAAGCUGAGUUAUAAAGUCAUACAGCACAGAAUCAGGCCCUUCGGCCCAACUCGCCCAUACCGACCAUAUAACCAUAUAACCAUAUAACAAUUACAGCACGGAAACAGGCCAUCUCGGCCCUACAAGUCCAUGCCGAACAAAUUUUGUUCCCCUUAGUCCCACCUGCCUGCACUCGUACCAUAACCCUCCAUUCCCUUCUCAUCCAUAUGCCUAUCCAAUUUAUUUUUAAAUGAUACCAAUGAACCUGCCUCCACCACUUCCACUGGGAGCUCAUUCCACACCGCCACCACUCUCUGCGU